AUGGAGGAGCUGAACAAUAAAAAGGUAUUUGUUGUGCUGGAUGAUGUUAGUGACCCGGGCCACACAGAUUUCUUGGGUGUUAGACAUUUUGGUUGUGGAAGUAAAAUCAUUUUAACAUCUAGGGAUAGACAAGUACUUAAGAAUGGGGGAGCUGACAAAAUACACGAAGUAGACAAGUUAAACAAGAACGACUGUCUUCAACUUUUUUCUACAAUUGCAUUUAAGCAGUCGAAUCCCGUUGCUGAUUUUCGAGAUCUAUCAAACAAGUUUGUGGAGCAAGCCCAAGGCAGUCCACUUGCUCUUAAAGUUUUGGGUUCUAAAAUGUAUACAAAGUCUAAAAGGGAGUGGGAAGACGAGGUGACUAAACUAAAGGGAUAUGCUGAACCGAAAUUUUCACAGAUUUUGAAGAGUAGCUUUGAAGGGCUAGAUGAGUUAGUUGGUGUGAGUGGAAUAAACAACUUGGUAGACAAAUGCCUACUUAACACCUUGCAUUCUUAUUAUAUUAACAUGCAUGAUAUGUUGGAAGAGAUGGGGAAGGACAUUGUUCGUCGACAAUCUAGAGAUCCUGGACAACGUAGUAGGUUAUGGAUUUCUAAAGAUGGGACUGAUCUUAUUGUAGUAAUAAAGUUAUACAUGACUCAAAAUGAUAACUUACAUUUAUGUUCUACCAUUUUUGAGAAGAUGCAUAAUCUUAAAUAUAUUCUCUUUGGUGUUCCUCAUCAUAUGCGAGACAGUUGGAAAGAGAAACUACGUGUAGAUGGAGUUGAUAAUGUAUCUCUUCCAGAAGAGCUAAGGUGUCUUUGUUGGGACUUUUACCCUUUCAAGUCUUUACCAUCAAGUUUUAAUCCGAAGAAUCUUGUGGUGUUGAGAUUACAACAUGGCAACAUGGAGCAACUUUGGAAUGAAGAUGGCCAUCUGGAUCUUGUUAAUUUAAGGGGACUUGACCUUCUGUAUUGCAAGAAAUUGAGGAAGAUCCCUAGUCUAGCAAGGGCCAUCAACCUUAAAAAUCUUUACCUUCAAGGGUGUGAAAGUUUGAUUGAACUUCCUUGCUUCAAUCAUUUGUCAUCUCUUGAUUGGCAGUGGUUUAAGCUUGAGGAAUGUUAUAGUCUCAGCAAGUUUCCAGAGCUUCCGAAUAAUUUUAACUCAAGGGUCAAAUAUGUAUCAAGCAAUAUCUCGAAGCUGAAAUCCCUUCAUUGGCUGGAUCUUAGUCAUUGUCCUGUCACCGAAUACGCAGAAAUCUCGAGAAGUUUAACAGAAUUAGACUUAUCUGGGACUCGAAUUAUAGAGGUGGACUUGUCUGUCUACUCUUUAAGUGAUCUUCGGUUCUUACAUAUGAGCAGCUCAAGUAUUCAAAAGCUUGAAUGCAAUGUCUCCCUCUCUGGUUCAGUAGAAGUUGAUGUGUCCUCACCAAUCAUGAGAUGUAAAAGCCUUGGAUCUUUGGCAGUGGAUCAUUGCGAGAGCCUUAUCCGAGCUUCCACCGUAUCUAUGGUUAUUGGAUGCACAUGGCUGCACAUCGUUAGAAAAUAUAGGCCUCGUGAUGAAGUGAAUCGAUGGAAAGCUGCCUUUGCUGAAGCCGGUAAAUUAAAAGGAUCUGAAACCGAGUACAUUAAUGAUAUUGUUGAAUAUGUAUUAAAUAAGUUGAUGAAUAGUUAUUCUGGAAGUGCUUCUGAAGAAUUUAUCGGAAUAGAUUGUCAGAAAAAGAAGAUUUUGGAGCUGAUUAAGCAAAAAGACAGUCGAGUAAUAGGACUCUGGGGCAUGGGUGGUAUUGGCAAGACCACCCUUGCUGAGUUGUUUAUAUGGAAGUCUCUAGCACGUUUGAAAGUUGUUACUUUCUUCAAAAUGUUAGAGAGAAAAUAG